AUGAAAGCUAUUAUUUUAUUAUUUUUUUAUUCUACAUUAAUUUUUUCAUGGAGUAUAGAUGAUUAUUUAACUGAUUGUUGGGGAAAUGAAUGUCGUGAUAAUGUUGAUUUUCUUCAAAAAAUGCCUAUUAUUGAAAAUGAUGAAAAUAAGUAUGUUCAUAUAUCAUAUAAAACACUUAGAAAUGGUUUAAUUACUUUUGGACCUGUAAUACCAUUUGAAGGUAUAAGAUAUUGUAUGUUAUAUGUUGAAAAUGGAAAAACAAUAAAAGAUUGCCAACAAACAAGAAUUUUUAAUAGAAAUUCUUUUGACAGUAAUAAUUGUAUUUUUUCUAGUAGUUAUUAUAAAGGAAACGAUUAUCAAUUAGAAUCAAGACUAGGAAGAAUUCCAGUACAAAUAAAUUUUGAUAAUGAUUAUUUUUAUGGAUAUCUUGAUAAGUAUACAAAUUGUGUCUACUUUCCUGAUGUUUACGAUUAUAAACCACAUAUUAUAUCAUUAGAUAAAAUAGAAAAAUAUAUAUCUUAUCUUUACUGUAAAACAUAA